CACUACUUUCUUUUUAAGGCAUUUCUGCCAGCAAUGUGAAGUUAGAAUUCUCUUCGUUAGGGAGAUGGUGCGCCCUGACGGAUGUCGUCGCACUUAAAAGAUGAAGCCUAUAAUUUGAUCAGAUUUCCGCGUACCGUGAUCAUACGACUGCUUCUGUCCAGAAGGUCCAAAAGGUCCAAAAGGUCCAAAAAUAUUCCAGUCGCGAGCACCGACGGUUCCCGGCCCAUCGCUAAAUCCCCUGGGUGGUCCGGAGUAACCGUCUAACAAAACAGUACCAGUACUACGUACGACACUUGUUGGAUUGCCAGCGCCAUGGGCUACUAAGUUAGCUACUCACGUGCCACUCAUGUCAGGAUGAACAGCGAGGUUUUCCGGCACGAACGGCUCUCCCUGUCCGGUCGGUUCAUGCGGCUGCUGCAGAUCCAAGGCAGUGUGGGUGCGACGAAAAAGGGGGACCGUGUUACGAGUACUAGUAUCAGCCUCCGGAUCACGCAGUACGCCAUCCAUCGCCGGCCGCCGUACGUCGCGAUCAGUUAUACAUGGGGCAACGCGGGCGACACGCGCGAGAUCCGGGUCAACGGGCGGGCGUUCCGGGUCAGAGUGAACUUGUGGAAUUUGUUGUUCCAUCUGAGACAGCGCGGGGAAGCGAGGUUUUUGUGGAUCGACGCGCUGUGCAUCGAUCAGCAGAAUCUGGAGGAGCGGAAUUGGCAUGUCCAGCGCAUGGCGAGGAUUUAUGACUCGGCGGAGCGGACGAUUGUGUGGUUGGGCAUGCCGAGUGAGGAUCGACGGCAGGCGAGGGGGUUGGAGUUUGUUGUGGAAUUGGCAGCGGCCGCGGCGGCGAUGGCCAAAGGGCGGCAACGUGAGGGAGGACCAGGAGGAGGGCAACCAGGUGGUGGUGGAGGAGGAGGAGGAGGAGGAGGAGGAGGAGGAAAGUGGGAAGAGAUGGAGGGGAUGGAGGCGAGAUGGAGGAACUUGCUCGAGUUGUGUAGGGGCGUGUAUUGGACAAGGACGUGGAUCAUACAGGAAUUCUUGCGGGCGAGGGAGGUCGAGGUUGUGGUUGGGACGGCGAGUUUGGAAUGGACGUUGUUCGAGGACGUGGUGCGCGCGAUCAGGGAAAGGGAAGGGGGAAGAAGGGAGAGUGAGGACGUACGGGCGUGGAUGGCCGAGUUCAUGCAUACGCUGCCGGUACGGUUGACGGGUAGACGGAUAAGUCAUGAGCAAUCGACGUUGGAGGAGUUGUUGGCCGAGUUUUAUGAUUCAAAAUGUGCGGAGCGACGGGAUAAGAUCUAUGGGAUCCUGGGAAUCGCGGAUGAUUGUGGUGAGGAAGAGACGACCGGGCAGGUGAGAGGGCCACGGCCAGAUUACGCGAAGAAUAUUGUGGAAGUGUACUUCGAGGUGUGCAGAUAUUUGUGCCAGAAGGGAAAGCUGUCGGUGCAGGCUGUGUAUCUGGUACAACGCGCGUUGGAGAUCAGUCAGGCUGAUGUUGCGGGUUAUGUGGCUUCUCUGGGAGAGGGAGGAGAAGGGACCACUAGGUUGGAGGGUGUGCUGGAGGAUUCGGCCUGUGCACUCGUACCGGACUAUGUGAAUGUCAUUGAUGAGGUGUUGCCAGGGUGGACGAGUAUCCGGGAUUUGAGGCAGAAGCUCGACCAGGUCGACUGGUCGAGAUACGUUGGGCACGAGGUCAAGCGGAAAACAUCACGAUCCUCGACGCCGUCGCAGCGAAAUGGUGCUGGCACGAGCGGCAGACUGACGGAGUACGUUCUCAGUCCGCUGCCCGCGGGAGUGAUCGAGAACGUGGUCCAGGCUGCGGCGCAUGGUGAGGAUCUUCGGCAUUUGCACAAUUAUCCCUCGGCGAAGGAGUGCAGGAUCCCGGUGGAGUAUGCCUUGCUGCAUGAGGAAGACAAACGGAUGGCGAACAAUCCUGGCCUCGCAAAGCCGUCGAUAGUGAUUGAGUCGAACCCUGCACUCGGCGUUGAUCCUGUCAGGCUUGGGUUUGCAUGUUCGGAUGUACGUGCGGGCGACCUGAUCUGCCAAUUCACCAGGGUAGAUGUGACGCUCAUCGCGAGACGAGUGGCAGGAGGACAUGGCGGGUUGAAGAUCGUGGGACGUGCGAGGAUGAUCGGACAUUCAGGCUUGAAGGAGAGGGGCCUUCAUCCCGGGUGCAGGAGCGGGCAAGGUCCAGGAGGAGGCAAACCAUGGUCAGGCUUGACGCUUGCUGAGGGUGAAGAUGGACAACGGCCAAGCGGGAACGAGGACAACUGGACGAUGGAGACGGAUCCCAUCAGUCUUUGGGAAGUGCUCGGGAUGGGGUGAGUUGCGAUGCUCUGGAGAGUGUUGUCAAACUAUUGAAACAUGCAAGUAAGGCUUGAUCAUAUAGAGCCAGGAACUUAACAGGUGGCGAGGGGUCUUGUCUAUUGAUUCAUCAUCUCUACCGGCCUCCAGGACAUGGCAUAUCAUAAC